AUGGAUUGUUGUUUCAGGUUGCUGGCGAAGGAGCAGAACGUUCCUGACAAGACGAGCACACUGAGGGGAGGCUUCUCGAGCAAGCGAUUCCAGGUCAGCAGCGAGGCCGUAGGGGACGUCGACACUGAGGAUCUCGCCUACGACUGCUAUGUUUUGCAGAUUGGUAGUGCGCAGACGAGUCUUGGCAGAGAUGUCGACUUUGGCUGA